AUGGUUUCUAACUCUCCACCAACAGAGGAGGAAUUCAAGGAAUGGCUAAGAGAAAUGGAACGUAAUGGAAGACAUAUUCCUUGCCUACAAGAAAUUGAUGCGAAGAAAGAAGAAAUUAAAAAGACUGUCGAAAAGAUCCGUUUGAAGGCUUCCAUUGAAACUGCAGAGAGUGCUGGGAAAGAAAGUAAGGCAAGUAGGUUGCGUGCGAAGCUGAAGGAGUUGGAGGAUUUGUCUAGACAAAUUAAUCCAGCUGAUGCAAGGUCUUUCAGAUUGUUGGAAAUGAACCGUAAAAAUAGAGCAGAGAAUUAUAAAAAAGCAUCAGAAAUGAAGCCAGUUGAUACAAACUUAAAGUUUGGUGAAGAAGGUUAUGAUCCUUCCGCCAGAAAAUGGACUAAGCCUCUUCUUCAGUGUGUGGUUUAUAGUAAUAAAGAAACCACAAAUGUUGAUCAUGAUACUAACAAGCCUGAAGAAGCUGGCAAAGCAGCCCUUGUGGCAGCCAUGGAGGAGGCUAAAGAUGAAGGAAAAUUGAUUGACACCAGACCUCCAGUUGAUCAUGGUGAAGAACUAAUUGCUCUGCAUAAUUUUGACUUGCCGAUUUCAUUGGCAGCUCUGAACAAAUAUCAAGGAGCUGAGGGUGUUCAACGUGGCUUCAUGGAAAGAAAGCGGAAGAUAGAAGCAACCAUUGGGCAUGCAGUGCCUGACGAAUAUGAAAAAAGUAAAGGAUUCACACUCAGCAUCAGUGACUACAAGAGACGCAAAGGUUUCAUUUUGGGUACUUAA